CUUCACAUCUAAAUCCGAGCAAUGGAGAAAUUUGAAGUCGGCAUCGCCGUGUCAGAGCCUCCGUACCCAGGAGAAGAGCCCACACCAACUACCAGCCAUGGCAGCACACCUUCCUCAGAUGUGGAAUCCCAGUCGACUUGCACAGUCUCUUCCCCUGCCCCAGUCUCCAUGCAAGUUUCCAAAGCCCGAGGUACAGUCGUCAUCGCCACCCUAGCCGGCAUCAACUUUCUCAACACCAUGGGCAGCGGCAUCCUGAUCGCGGCCCUCCCCCGCAUCGCCAGUGACGUCGGCUUAGACGCAAGCUUGAUCCUAUGGCCCGCCGCCGUCUACGCCCUAGCCGCCGGGUGUCUCCUCCACGUGUUCGGCAGCGUCGCCGACAUCAUCGGCGCCAAGAAGGUCUGGGUUGUGGGAAGUUUCUUCUUCGUCAUCUUCACCAUUGCUCUCGGCUUUGCGGCCACGGGACUGCAGGUCAUCAUGUGUCGUACCUGUCUCGGGGUUGCCAUGUCCAUGUGCUUGCCUACGACUGUUAGUCUGAUCUCGAAUACGUUUCCUCGGGGCCACUGGAGGAACACGGCGUUCGCUAUGAAUGGCAUGGCCCAGCCGCUGGGUUAUGCAUUGGGUUUGGUGUUAGGUGGCAUUUUCACCGAUACGAUUGGGUGGAGGUGGUCGUACUGGAUCAUGGCUAUGAUCAACUUUUGCGUAUCCGUUGCGUCGAUUUGGUCGCUUCCGCAUGUGCAACACCACUCAAAGAAGAAGUGGACAAGGCAACUGAUCGAAGACGUUGACUGGGUGGGUGUUGUUAUACUCAGUGUUGCGCUCGGUCUGCUCUUAUACGUCCUCGCCUUGGUGACAUCCAGCUACCGGAAUAUCGGCAAACCCGUCAGCAUCGUUCUGCUCACGGUAUCGACAAUCAUGCUCGUGGCGUUUCCCUGCUGGAUGCGUUAUCAAGUCAAAAGAAGUCGACCGGCACUUAUUCCCAAUAGGUUGUGGCGCAAAGCUUCUUUUACUGCGGCCUGCUUGAGUGUGUUCUUCUGCUGGGCUUCAUUGAAUGGGAUUGAGUACUUUACUACGCUAUACUUUCAACAAGUCCAGGGCCUUUCCGCCUUGCAGUCUUCCAUCCGGUACUUUUCGCAGAUAAUCAUGGGGACAGCCGUCAAUGUUGCUCUUGUCUAUUUGAUUUCGCGGGUGCGAGUCUUUUAUUUAACUGUCUUCUCGGCUUGCAUUACCGUGGUUUCGCCGGCUAUAAUGGCCACGGUUCAAAUCAAUGCAAACUACUGGAUGGGACCCUUCUGGGCACUCUUCUUCUGUCCUGUUAAUCCAUGGGUCCUCUUCAGCAUCUCUAAUCUCAUCAUAUCCGACGCUUUCCCAGCAGAGAUCCAGUCUCUUGCUGGGGGUGUCUUCAACGAAGUCGCCCAAUUUGGAAACUCUGUUGGAUUGGCUGUGACAGCGGCAAUAGCCGCGUCCGUCACUGAGCACUCGAAGAGUCAGGAUAAAACAGUAGCCUUGAUGGAUGGCUUCCGCGCAGCCUUCUGGACCAUUUUCGCAAGUACCGCUGCGGUACUGGUGAUCAGCGCUAUUGGGUUGAGAAAUUCUGGCACGAUAGGGAAGCACGAUGAGGUGGAUGAGACAAAGUAAUAAUCUCGUGUGUUUCUUAUUGUGUACCAAUGGCAAUCACGUUAUUUUGCUCUUGCACAGGUUAGGGGGACGUGAAGCAUGUCGACUUUUACACACUUUGCUAUCUGGGAGAUAGUAGAUGCAACUCGGGGUGUAAACAAACUCGUAGACAGAUGGGGUGGUAGAUACACGUUGAUGGAAUGAAUUUUCUACAUAUUGGUUCAGACUACAC